AGCACCAGCGUCGCCGAUGGCGUCAAGACUCUUACGUUGACAAUCUUGAAUUUUCGGAGCACACCACAGGGAAAUUACACUUGCGGCGAUUUGGCUGGAGGAACUAGGGCCGCACAGUACAUUACACUAGCAGUACCAGUGACGUUCGUGACUCUGACUCCAACACAAGCUGUUGUUAAUGUUGUUGAAGGGGUUGCUAUAAGCUUCAUGAAAUGUGUCUCUUCACUUGGACGUCCAUCACCUGUAAUUACGUGGUUUACAGAUAACGGGACGCCGUCCGUGCCUUCUGAUGACGUAAACCUAACAGUUUAUGCAAGCAUAUCUAUGUCAAGUGACGUGACAACCAGAGUCCUUAUGAUCACACCUUACAAACGGGACAACAACCAGACUGUAUACUGUAACGUGACUAAUGGAUAUAGUUCGGUUUCAUCCGGACAUAAAAUCCGCUUGCAUGUUUUGACUUACCCCUCACGACCAGUUAUUUACUACUACGGAAAACCAGUGUCGGGUAUAUACAUCAUCAAAGGUAAAGCUAUGUCGUUUGUUUGUUCUUCUAUCGGUGAGCCAUCUCCGACAAUAACAUGGAAAACAUCGUCGAACGAGUUAAUAAGUAACAGCGUUCUCUCGAGUCCAAAUGACCAGAUGACCCACAAUGGAUCCUACAGUUGCUCUGCAUGGAGCAUUCUGUCCCCUUCAAACGGCCAAGAGAUCACGGUCACCAAUACUUCAUACAUCACCGUCAACGUUCUGUACCCACCAGAAGUCAUCAUCUGCAAAAUAGGUCAGGUCGCAACGUAUCCUGGCAUAGUAAAGGUCAUAAAAAACGAACCGUUUUAAAUGAACUGUUCCUGUGACAGUAAUCCUUCUCCGAUUUAUACUUGGUGGAUGCCCAAUGGUAGUCUUUCCUAUGUGGCGUUGCUGUCUUUGCCAUCGGUAGAGUCGAUCGGCAACAACAAUUAUACUUUGCAAGUGAUACACAAAAUGAACGGCACAUUUGAUACAGAGCAGAAAGAGAGUUAUCUUAAUGCGACGUU